AAGGACUUAUAUGACGUAAAAUAACCGCAUUGAAAUCGAAUUGUUCAAGUUAGGAUAAACAAAACAUUAGAAUCAAGAAAGAGAAAGGAAGCAUAUAGUUGAGGGAAAAAAAUGAAUGCUUCUCAAAUUUCAUAAUUCCCUUGACAGUCAGUUAAAUAUAAGUCAAAACUACCUCCCAGCCAUUGAAGAAAGCAAAAACAUGAUCACCACCAACAAACGAGCUCUCAGUCAACAGCAAUCUCCACGACCCUCCAAGAAAAAUCUCAAAUUUCCGCAGCCCAGUUGGGCAAAACGAAUUCCCAUCAUCUUCACAGUCACGAUCGUCCAUCUUCUCCAAGUUACGAGCUCAGUUUCACCGCCGCCGCUGCCGAUUCUCCCAAUUCCGACCGCGCAGCAGAUUUCAUGGCAGCUGGCAGAGAUGGCCCUCUUCUUCCAUUUCGGCACCAACACUUUCACGGACUCGGAGUGGGGAACGGGGCACGCGGACCCCUCGGUGUUCAACCCGACCGAGUUGAACGCGACUCAGUGGGUCAAUGUGGCGAAGGAAUCUGGCUUUUCGCGAGUCAUUCUGACCGUAAAGCACCAUGAUGGAUUCUGCCUGUGGCCUUCUGAUUACACCGAUUACUCUGUGAAAUCAUCUUCUUGGAGGAAUGGGAGUGGAGAUGUGGUGAGAGAUUUGGCUGAAGCUGCGAGAAUUGGUGGGGUGCAAUUGGGGGUUUAUCUCUCCCCUUGGGAUAUGCAUGAGCCUUGUUAUGGCAACACUUUGGAGUAUAAUGAGUUUUACUUGGGCCAGAUGACUGAGCUGCUCACUAGAUAUGGCGAGAUUAAAGAAGUUUGGCUAGAUGGUGCAAAGGGUCAUGGAGCCAAAGACAUGGACUACUUCUUUGAUGAUUGGUUUAGUUUCAUUCAUCAACGUCAACCGGGGGCUGUCAUAUUCUCCGAUGCAGGUCCGGAUACUAGGUGGAUUGGGAAUGAGGCUGGCGUCGCUGGGACUACUUGUUGGUCUCUCUUCAACCACACCAAUGAAAUGAUUGGCAACACUGAUAGUAAAUAUUCUGGGCAGGGAGAUCCAUUUGGGCAUGACUGGGUGCCUGCAGAGUGCGACGUCUCAAUCCGACCCGGGUGGUUUUGGCACGCCUCCGAAGCACCUAAACCAGCCUUAGCCCUCCUCGAUCUAUACUACAAGUCUGUCGGCAGAAACUGCCUCUUCUUACUAAACGUGCCUCCGAAUUCUUCGGGUCUCAUAUCUCAGGAAGACAUUCAAGUUCUUCAAGAGUUCUCAGAGAUCCGGGGCUCCAUCUUCUCGCGUAGUUUAGCAGAAGAUGCAUCCAUCUCUGCUGGAAGUACGCGUGGCAACCUCACAGAUCCACGCUAUAGCCCCAGCAACGUUCUCGAGCAAGGCAUACACUCCUACUGGGCUCCUGGGAAUGUGCAGUCAGGCUGGAUACUGUACUUGGAUUUGCAGGAGGCCGUUACAUUCAACGUGUUAAUGGUGCAGGAGCCGAUUCAGAUGGGGCAGAGGAUCAUCAGGUUCCAUCUCGAUUUCUUGAACAAGGAAGGGGAGUGGAAGGUGGCAGCACAUGGCACCACCGUUGGAUACAAGAGGCUGCUGCUGUUUCAUAGUGUGAGAGCCAGUCGCCUACGCCUCGUUGUGGAGAAAUCCCGAGCUGAACCUCUGAUAUCAUAUGUAGGUAUGUAUAUGGAUCCAUUCUCCAUUGUCCAUCAUAUAUCUGAGGUAAGCUCUGUAUCACUCGUCAAUGGCAGUCACCCUCUGCAGCAAGCUACCAGCAGAAUUGCAUCCUCAUAAUUCCUCUUUUAAAAACAUGUUCUUGUUAAACUUCUGUAAUCUAAGUUCUGAAUCAAUAUGUGCAGUAAGAAACUCAUUUUUUCGUCGCAUUCA